AUAAAAAGAAAAGAGAUAAACGCCCAUUCAUUCCAAAAGCUCCUUAAAUAAUUGAUCUAUGUAAAAUUUUGUUUUUUUUUAAUCUAUGGUUAAAACCUUAAAAAUUACAAAUUUAGAAAUGUUUUAACUUUGAUAAAAUAUAACCACAGUGAUGUUGGUUACUAGAAGCGUUCGUCAUUUUAAAAGGCCUUUAUCGAGGCAUUUAACCACUCAGAGUAUUCUCAGUGAAGGGGAUACCCAUUUCGGUUAUGAAAGGGUUAAGGAGAGCGAAAAGGAUGAUAAAGUUUACGAAGUGUUCGAACGAGUAGCUCAAAAUUACGAUGUCAUGAACGACACCAUGUCUUUAGGUAUCCACCGUCUCUGGAAAGAUUACUUCAUGUGCAAACUCUAUCCCGUUAAAAAUACCAAGCUAUUGGACGUUGCCGGGGGCACAGGUGACAUAGCAUUCCGGUUUCUAAAUUAUGUUGAAAAGGCAGGUUUAGAGAACUGCCAUGUUACUGUGUGCGACAUAAAUGACAACAUGCUGGCGGUAGGCAAAAAAAGAAGUGAAAUUUUGAGACAUGAUCCAAACACCAUCAGUUGGCAGCAAGGCAAUGCAGAAGAGCUAGAGUUUGACAAUAAUUCUUUCAAUGCUUACACUAUAGCAUUUGGUAUUAGAAAUUGCACUCAUAUAGAAAAAGUAUUACAAGAAGCUUAUAGAGUCUUACAACCGGGUGGCAGAUUUAUGUGUUUAGAAUUCAGCCAAUUGGAAAACUCUACAGCUCAAUGGCUAUAUGAUCAGUAUAGCUUUCAAGUGAUACCAGUAAUGGGCCAUCUUAUUGCUGGUCAAUGGAAGGCUUACCAGUACCUUGUAGAGAGCAUCCGGCAGUUCCCGAAUCAAGAUACAUUUAAGAGGAUGAUUGAGGAGGCUGGGUUUCGUAGGGUGACCUACGAAAAUCUUACAUUUGGCAUUGUUGCUAUACAUUCAGGAUUUAAAUUAUUAUAAAAUAUAAUCAAAAUUUAGUCUGUUCAGCGAAGUAAAUGUUAUAUAUCACAUUUUUC